UGUUUUUUCCCCGGGCAGGGUGGGAGGAGAAAGGGCCGAGCGCGAGCUGCGCCCAGGGGCGGCUGGAGGAUGCGAGCCGGGGCGGCCGAGCCGAGCAGCAGCGGCUUCAGCGGCGGCAGCAGCGGCGGCAGCAGCUACCUGUGUGGCCCGGCGGCCGCUGCCGGGACCUGCCGGAGACAUCGCGGCGUGAAGGGGCAGCCCCCGGCUCUCCACCCCGCCUCGCUCAAUGGGAGAUCUAACUGAUUUCACACAAACGAUGCUCCCAAAGACUGUAUGAUAAUUCCUGGUGGCUGAAAUAGGAGGCACAUUGGGGCCUAUACAGCAGAGGAACAGGAACAGGAGGCCAAGAGCUCCCUACUGCCCUGCUGGCAGAGGUACCAAGCGCGUGGCACAUCUGCAACGUGAGCAGAGCGCUAGUUUUCAGAAGGUGAGCGGCCUUGAGGCACUCAGAGCACAGAAGGAAGAGGAGCAGCACCAGCAUGGAUAAGGACAGCACAAACAUGCCUGACCAACAGUAUGAAUGUGUGGCUGAGAUUGGGGAAGGAGCCUAUGGGAAGGUGUUCAAAGCCCGAGACUUGAAGAACGGAGGUCGGUUUGUUGCGCUGAAGCGGGUACGGGUGCAGACCAGCGAGGAGGGGAUGCCACUGUCCACCAUUCGAGAGGUGGCAGUUUUGAGGCACCUGGAGACAUUUGAGCAUCCCAACGUGGUCAGAUUGUUUGAUGUGUGCACCGUGUCACGAACAGAUAGAGAGACCAAGUUAACAUUAGUAUUUGAACAUGUGGAUCAAGACUUGACUACUUACUUGGAAAAAGUUCCAGAGCCUGGAGUGCCUACUGAAACUAUAAAGGAUAUGAUGCUUCAGCUGUUUCGGGGACUGGAUUUUCUGCAUUCACAUCGUGUGGUGCAUCGGGAUCUGAAACCCCAAAACAUCCUUGUAACCAGUAAUGGGCAGAUAAAGUUAGCUGACUUUGGCCUUGCACGAAUCUACAGUUUUCAGAUGGCUCUUACCUCAGUGGUUGUUACUUUGUGGUAUAGAGCUCCUGAAGUUUUGCUUCAGUCCAGCUAUGCAACACCAGUUGAUCUUUGGAGUGUUGGCUGCAUAUUUGCAGAACUGUUCCGUCGAAAACCACUUUUCCGUGGAAAUUCAGAUGUUGAUCAGCUAGGAAAAAUCUUUGAUGUAAUUGGACUCCCAGAAGAAGAAGACUGGCCUAAUGAUGUUGCUCUUCCAAGAAAUGCUUUCACUUCCAGACCCGCACAACCUGUUGAAAAAUUUGUACCAGAUAUUGAUGAACUCGGCAAAGACCUGCUUCUUAAAUGCUUAGCGUUCAAUCCUGCCAAGAGAAUAUCUGCCUAUGUUGCCCUCUCUCACCCAUAUUUCCAUGAUCUGGAGAAAUGCAAGGAGAAUCUGGACUCUCACAUGUCAUCCAGCCAAAACUCCAGUGAGGUGAAUGCAUCAUAGUGCUGACUGAAGAUGAACCACAAAUGAACAAGACAUGUAGCUGACAAGGCCAUUGUCCCAUACAAACCACAUAGCUGUUCUAGCGAAGAUCAUUAUUUGGAGGUUUUACGCACUUAUCUUUUAUUUUGGGAUUGUGAUGAGCUUAUCCAAGGAAACCAAUCUAGUUUACUUUCAUCAGAGCAACGCAAGGGGGAGGGCUUUGACCUGCUCCCUUUGCAGCUUUAUGUUUGUUUUGGCUUUGUUUUGUGUAUCUACCUGGGAAAGCUCCAGAUGAAGAGAAGCUGCUGACCGGUUUUGCUGCCAUUUUAUCCUUUUAGUAUUGAAUGCUGCCAGUGUGAAGUAGAAUGGUCGAGUCAUUGCCAAAACAUGAUGCAAUCUUUCUCUCUCUAGCUGCUGAAGCAUGAUUUGGUACUUUUUUUAUUAUAAUUAUUAUUAUGUGAUCUCUUACAGUGAUGUUUAAAGAAUGGUAUUGAAAUAUCAGAACUCUGCAACCUGCAGUUAAUAUCAGAACUCUGCAACCUGCAGUUAACUGAUACAUUCAUUAAUACAUCCACCUACUGUUGAUUCAUAGCAUACAUGCAAGUGCUUCUCCACUUGAAAACCUGGAUGGAUUAUUUUAUAAUUUCAUUGCUCGAUAAAAAUAGCAGAGAUGAUGGUGAUUAUAACAAAUGUCUCAACUUUUAGGGUUUUUUUAUACACAAACGAGUUAUAAUCUAGCUAUGUUUGUGUGCGUGAUGCAAAAAAACCAAGUUUUAAAAACCUUCCAGAGUGUUAUUCUUAAAGACUUUUUUGGUUUUCUGAUGGCCAGUUUGUGUUGGAGCCCAGGCACAUUCUAGCCUAUCAUCUAACCCAUGAUUCUCCCCUGGAAACAGCUGCAAGCAGAUUUUCUUUUUCUCAUUUCAAAUUUUCUUAUAUAGCUCAAAGACAUAAGCAGAGCCAAUGAAAAUCAAUACAGAUUUUCACCUUCAACCUCUUCUGAUUACCAGCCAAAAAGGAAAAUAAAAAACACAUUUCCGGUUCAGAAGCAGAGAAUCCUAUGCCUGUAAUAAGCACAGACAUGUACUUGUGCUGAAUUGUAUGCUGUGUACUGUGCUGCCUUACCUACAACAUGCCCCCCAUGGAUCACAAGUGCAUGAACAUUACUGUCACAAUAAUCCCUCAGAUGUCAUUUUUCAGCAGACUUGUUCUCUAUGCAGAAAUGCAUGAGCUUCUCUCCUAAACCACCAUGUGGGUAUGCUGGCACAUGCUUAUCCUCUAUGUGCCAUUAUUGAAUGUCAAAAUAACUAAGCAAUUCACAUGCCUUUAUAGCACAGUUCUUUUAAAUAUUACGUUAGAUUUUUAUAUUUAGUAUUUUUACCUUAACUAAAAUAUAUUUUCAGUAUUUUACAAAGAAGCGUUUAUUUUUUUAAUACUGUACUAGGGAAAAAGAAGAAAUAUUUUAAAUCCAUAAAAGCUGUUCCCUAGCAUGACUUUAGUGCAUUUACCUGAAUAUGACUUGGGGGAAAAUAUUGGUCCAGCGAGUUAACCUUUACCACACAACCAUGAAUAUACACUAUUGAACUACAAUUGUUGAUAAGUGAGGCAGCUAGCUUUGCUUUCUCCUGUGAUAAUGUCUUAGGCUUCUCUCUUCCUAUCUCUAUUUCAACUUGUCUAGCUAGUGAGCCAGCAUUAUAUCCUCAUUCAUAGCAUGCUUGGCAGAGCAGGUCCUUAUCAGUGAGUUAAGCAAUAUCAUAUUUCCAGCUGUGGAAUGGGAACGUGUAGCCAACUCCCUGGCAGGUUUCUCAGUCCUGUGAUAGACUGGCUGUUGUGGUGAAGUUCACUGUUAACUUCAUUUUAGUUAUCUGCACUGUCUGGGGUGUGGUCAAUUGCAAGGAUAGUGAGUGGUUCUUAUCUGUCUCUUGGAUAAAUCAUUUCAUUACUGUUAGACACACAACUAUGUGGCAUAUGGUUAAAUUAGGUCUGUUUUAAAUAAGCCAGAUUUUAAAAGGACCACUUGCACACAGGCAUGCAGUGGCCUGUGCUUUUCUUCAUGCCCAGAAUGAUGCCUAUGCAAAACCUACCAGCAUGAACAGGCAAGUUGCAAAUUGGCAAGAGGCGUCAGCACGCAGAGGUACUACAGCUGCAUAACACAAGAAUUUUGGAAGCUCUACAAGCAGCAAGCUGAAGGCCAGGGAGUGGUCAUGGCAGCUAACCCUCUAAUCUUGGCCUUGCCUCUGUCAUUCUCUCUAUUCCUGCAUCCAAAGGGAACUGCUGUUGUCCCAGGCCUGAUCCUCCAUGGGUCAUUGGACCUGGUGGGAAUAGGUUUUAACGUUCACAGAAAAGGAUGGACAUUUUUAAACACUAAUUAGAACAACAAACAAAGCCAAAAUUCAGGAGAUUCUUGUGACAGUAACAAAAAAGAAAAAUUUUCUACAAAGUUUAGCACUUUUUAAGACAUUCUACAUUUUACCCAGCACCAAGCCAUCAUACAUACUUUAUCAGAGCAUUCUAGCUGAUAGGGCUUUCCAGCAGCUGUCAGAGCUCUCCAACAACUAACAUAGGAUCAAAAUAUAGGGGAAGAGGGUGUAUUUUCAAAUUAGGUUCAAAACUCUCAGACGGAGAUGUGCAUCUGUUCCACGUUAGAAGAGCUUGUUGUAUUAAGCUUAGCAAAGCAAAGGCUAGAAGAGAAUGUGGUUGCUUAUUGUAGUGUAGUAAAACAAUGAGGAAGGAAGAGAACGCUUUAAGCAAAUGGUUAGUGUUGGCCCAAAAAGUAAUGACAAUAUGAAAAUCACAAGGAAGUUAACUACUGGAGCAGUAUUUCCCAAUCAGUAGUAUCAGAAGAAGCGCUCAAAGAGCAGUAAAGCAGAGUCUGGCUUAUGGAUUCAGAAGCUUCUGAAAUGGCUUCUGCAACGUGGUGCUGUAUGUUGCCUAAUACAGGAUCAGGUUAUAAAUGGGAUUAUUCAGGAGAACAGCUUGAGAAGGGCUGCAUUAAUGGUCACAUUCUGGAAUACCCUUCCAGUGAGAAUGGCAGGAAUAAAAAAAAGAAAUCCAGGUUCUGUCUUGGCAGGGUUAGGGGAAAGAUUUGUCUGAUGAGGUCCUUGUGGUGGCAAAGGCCUAGACUCAAAGGACCAACAGCUUCUCAAAUGAUCUUUCCAAGAUCUCUUUAGGAAGAAAUUCCAUUUGACAUGCUAUAGGUUUACUCUUAUUUCAGUCUUCCCUGCCAAACCAUGGGGUUUCACUUACGCUAGUAAAGUGAGAAAGCCUGUUCUCUGGCUGGGCAGUGUGCUGGCAGUGGCUGAAAUCGUGUCAGGCAUCAUGCUUAUAAUUAGACAGUACAGACAGCUGUGGGACUGUGCUCGAGCCCAUGCCCUUCCUCUUUCUGUUUUACUGGCAUAGCUCUAGUAUAAGAGUACCAUUACUCAUUACUGCCAUAUGUUUAGGAUGUAGGUAAAUGUGAAAAAGAAAUUGCUCCUUGAUGCGCAUGUUCCAGACUGUGAUGAAAAAUCUUCAUGCACACUUUAAAUAAGACUUCAGAGUGGAAUUUUUCUUAGCUAUAACUAUGCCUCUAUGUGUUCUACAGGAGCAGUUCAACAGCAGCUAAAAAACACUGACUAACAAAAAAUAUAUUAAAUGUAAGUAUAGAUAUUUAGUUCCUAAAGCACCCACAACCAGGCACUGUGCUCUUCUCAGCUAAAAACAGGGUGUUCUAAGUAAUGGAAGGAGCAAUUUCUGUCUCCCACCAAUCUUAUUUUUAAAUCACUACUACAUAGUUCUGCAGGAAAAGCAGACCCAAUAGCCAAGGGAAAGAAAAUCACCAAAGCCAACCAAUGAAGUGCGAGGUGCUGAACCAUAGUGAUACAUCUGGAGCAGCCCUUUUCUCUCUUCACCCUGUCUCCAUGCUCACUCUGGCUCUCCAGUUCUUCUCCUUCAGCUCCCUUAUGGAAACAGGUUUCACUGAUGCUCACAGGUGCUAUUUCCAACAAGUUUCUUCCAAGUUUUCAAUAGCUACACAGUGACAAUGUCCCCAUGUCCUACUGUUGCUUCUUUUAGUCCAUGAUUAAAAAAGAAUCCCUUUGUGUACUUCCUUCCUUACCCUUAGUUUUGCAUACACCUGUGUUGCCUUGUGUGUGUCAAGUAAAAUUCUAAAAAUAGAGUUUCUGCAAGUAGGGUUUGUGCAUAUUUCUGUGUAGGCUGUGCCCACACUCCAGUUUUUUUCAGCCUAUUAGUCCACAGUGGUAAUCAUUAGAGUACCUUUCUCUGUGGUUUCUGUCCUAAAACACACCAAAAAAUGAGGAUGUCAUGUCUGGAAAAUAUUGAAAUUUGGUGCUAUGUGUACAGAGCCUUUUACAUGAAAGGAAUCAGUAAUUUGUAGCAUUUGAGCAUCUUCUGUGUGGGGGAUGAUAUCCAGCAUUGUAACUCUUGUAUGGUUUUUACAUUCAAUGGUUGUUUUGGUGAAUAAGACAAAAAUACUGUGCCAUGCUACUUUUCACAGGUUCACUCACUGUCUUUGAGAAGUAUGUUUUAUUAUAUAUAUAAUUCUCUCUGCUGUUAGAUAUUAGGGCAACUUUAAUGUGGAAAAUAAAGAGAAAACAUGGUGUUUUAGUCUUUCAGACAACAAACUUGGAGCACUUACCUGACUCACAACUGAAAACGCAUCAGUUGUCAAAUAUGUAUAUGAAUCGUAAACCACAAAGUUUAGUUUAAAAGGCCAUAUAAAUUAAUUAUGUUCCAUGUAUAAGAAACAGUUCAAUAAUGAGGAAGUUUAUUCUAAGAACUCUGUUUUAUAGAACCACUUUGCUAGUAUUUUUUAUAUACAGUAGUUUCAGGAAUAGAUUGAUUUUUAUAUAGAAUGUGAAUUAGAAGAUACUAGGCUAUGAGAGUGCUUUUGUUGUGUUGUGCUUGAAGCUUGACUCAAUUACAAGCUUAGGAACAUAACAUAUUUAUUUUAUUACUACAAAACUGCUUAUAAAUAUCAAAACCUUUCUUGAAUGUUAACAGGAUUUCUCACUUCUCUUAAUGUGCAAGUGAUUUUCUUGAAACUAGUGUAUUAGGAAAAACAUUUCUCCAAACUGCAGUUGUGCAGGAAAAUUUAAGAAAUAUAUUUCUGCUUUCACAGAGAAUAAUAAGAUGCUAUAUUGUGAAAUCUUCAGUAACUGACUGGUAAUAAGCUAUCACUUUUACUUCUUUUUGAUUAGUAAGUAUUGGAGUAUUCAGAUCACUUUCCAUGAAGAAAAUAUUCAGAAAAGUAAAUGGGAUUUUAUAUGUUUAACCUUCCAAGUUUCAUUUUCAUACCCAGUUUUUUUAGUGCAAGUACAGUUCAGGUGUGCAAAAUCACGACUACAAUUUUAACAGUUUAAUAGGCUGUACAACUCAAAUAGGAGUUUUAUUUGUAAGCUAUUUAUUUUAUUAUAUCUCUUUGUUUUGCCAAUUGUUAGAUAAAGGCUGUAAUAUAAUUCUGGUCUCUGGACCGGACUCUGUAAUCAUCAAAUCCCAGUAAUUUAUGUAAAACAAUAAUAAGCUUUCUUACCAAUUUAAACUACCUAGGCCAUUACAUGAAGAAAGAUCUGGGCAUAUGAACUGACAAGUAUACUUCUGCUACAUUUCUUCCCUUUAGUUUGAAGCUUAGCUAGUAUUGCAUACUGAUAUGCAAUAUAUACACAAUACAAGGACCAAAAAAACCCACUUAGUAGUAGUAGUGUGUGCAGAUAAUACAAAAAAAAUGGCUCAUUAGAUUCUUGCAGAAACCAGCUAAAAGUCAUUCUAUUAGCUAUAAUGCUCAAAAUUUUGAAACUAAUCCAAUGUUCUAUUAAAAAAUAGUCUUGAGAACUUAGGUCUAUGUUUUUAAUUCAGGUAGUGAUGGGCACCCAAACAGAACUGAAUCAAAUAGGGCCUUCUCAAAAUUGAUUCUGGAAGGCCAAGUAGAUACCAUGAGUUCUUUAUGUGUCCAGCAGGAGCUGAAAUUAGCCAGCACCAUGCUUAGAUGAGCCUUCUGCUUUCUGAGUAGAAAAGCCCAAGGUUGCUCUGAGUAAAGUUAGUGGAAAAUUUGCUUAGACCUAAAGUCCUUUGAGAGCUUCUGCGAUAUUCAGACUUCCAGCUUCCUUUGAAAGACUGUGCAAAACAGCUAAGAUAAAACUCCCUAACCAUAUGGGAUUUUUUCCUUCUGAUUAAAUAUUUUAUCUGUCUUAGAAUAUAUUGGCGGGCUUCAUCCAGCCCAAUAUCAAUGAGACUUUUGCAUGGCUGGAGAAAAGAACAGAUUCUGCUAUUGAUAUUUUGAUAUUUUGAUACUGGGUGAUUGUGGUAGGGUAGAAUUUUUUUGUUUCCAAAAAAGAUCAGACAAAAGAUAUUGCCUUCUCUUUUUAAAAAAAAAACAACUGACACUUAGUGAAGAUUAAAAAUGAGAUUUUAAGGAACUGUUGGGAAAAUACUGUUGGGAUAAAGGAAAAGGAGCAUAUUUAUAACAUGAAAAAUGUAAAUAUAAACAAUGUGUAUUAAAUAUGCAUUGAAACUGAUACUUUUCACUGACCUUGCAAAGCUGAUAAGAGUUUUAUGGAAAAAUCCAAGUAUGAACUUAUUGUAACUACCAUUUUAAUGUCCAUUUGCACUAAAGUAACCUAUACUUUUUGACUGAAAGGAGAAGGGAAAAUAGGUAAUGUUUAACUUGUGGUUUACUUCGGUGAUGUCAACCUGGAUGUGCUGUAAAGCUCUCAAGCCGCUGUCCGUUUUUGAGCAAGCUCAAUUUGCAUCCACACUAUUUAGCUUUCUGCACCUUAAGCCCAUCCACAUGCCAGAAAAAAACCACAUUUUUCUAGUGCUUACAUGGCUACUUGCUCCCAUUGACAUGCUUAUGUUAAACUCUGCCAAAGAGCACUGUCUCUGCCACUGAAUGGAAAAUGAAUUUUCAGACUGCCAGCUUCCUUCGUGCAAUCACUCCUAGAGUUUGUAAUUAAGUUUCUACAAUAUGCAGCCUUUUCUCUUGGUCUAUGUUUCAUACCUAUGUCGUGUUAUGCAAAACCUCAGCUUUUUUAAAAGAAAAAAACAGUUCUUGAAUGUUAGGAUCUAUUUUGAGUAGCGACAUGAGGGAGGAAAUUUGUGAAAUGCUGCAAAGAUAGGAAAAAUGGGCAGAGAUUAGGAGGGUUUGGGAGGGACAAUUUUGGGAAGUGGAUUUAAAUAAGUGGAAAACGUUAGGUAGAAGUGUAGGGGGAAGACCUUUUUUCCAUGUUUUGUUUUCUCUUCUUAUUCACUUUCAUAAGCAUGAGAUGAUAAAGCAAGACCCUUGCAGAGAAUUUUAGUUCCAGAUACUCAUUAUGCCAAAUCAAGUCACGAGUCGCAGUGCAGUUAUUCAGCAUAGCAACAGCUCUAUAUUUUAAAUCAGAUUUUGCAGAAGCUAGAGAUUUUUCUCUGUAGAUAUUAAAAAAAAAAGGUCCUAUGAGACAGCUUGAGAGCAAAUUAAGCUAUCCGUACAGACACUGCCUGUAGUUUAGCUGCAGACAUGGAGAAUGUACAGCUCUAGUGCAGGACAGCCGCUAACUGUGUCCAUUAGUGUGCAAUACCAUUGUGCAUUGCGAGCUGACACCUGCCACAAACUAAAAAUCUUUUGCCACUCCAAAAUAGCGUGGUUGUGAGCACUUGGAUUUUGAUAAAAUUUUUCACUUGCAAGACUGACUGGAUCAGUCCAAGUGGUUCAGCAUCUUACAGGAGCAAGUCUGAGACCCCAACAAGUCUGUCCAACAGCCAGUGUAAGCAAUACUGCAGAACUAUCUGCUGUGGCAAAAAAGUCUUUCAGUAGGUUGUACAGCAGGAAUGGAGCUCUCUGAGCUACUGUGCAACCUGAGAGCUACCAUUAACUAUUGCUGUGCAACCUCCAAAAAUACAAAAUGUGAGGCCUGUGUAGCAUUUUGUUGUGUUUAGUCCAUUUGUGGGAGUGGCUGGGUAAGUGUUGGCACAGAGCAGCUAAUUUUGGUUCUUCCAUUAACUGUGAGCAACAAGGCUUGGUGCAGGGACAAAUUUCACAGUUCCAGGGAUGGGAAACCUUUAAUUCUACACAGUAGUUUUCUGGCAUUUGUUAAAUAUGUAUAGUGAUAGAUCACUUGGCCACUCUCACUAUCCUUUCCUUAUCCCAGAUCAUUCUACUGAGACACUGAAAGAAGCCCUGGGGAGUCUGCUCCUCAACAGUCUUUCAGCACCCUGCUUCCUCUUACUGCAGUGACACUUCCAUAACGUGUCACUUUUACCUACCCUGCUGAUGCUUCCAAAGCUGUGAGCUAAAUUACUGCCUUGUAAUUCUACAACCCCUCGGUCUGCAGGCAGCCAAUGACUUGUACUGUAGUUUUUCCUUGCUUCUCAUUCUACUACAGUAGAAGAUGGCAAAGUGUGUGCUACUGUUACACUCAUUUGUUCAAGCAAAGAGAUGAGCUAGAAUAUAUGAUAUUAAACAUACUGUGUUUGACCAGCCAAGAUUUUUGAUUCAGAAGAUUAUUUACUAUGUAUAGAAGAUCACUGGACAGCCAUCUGUGAUGUACAUGUUUACAAGAGCAGCCAAUGAUGCUUCAGUUAUACAGAAGUUUGUAACAGAUAAAAACAAGACCAGCAAUGCCAGCAUCCUACUGUUUAGUCCCCUUCCCUUCCCCUUCCUCGAGAUCACUAUUCCCAGGGAGAGGUUUCCUCCCAGCAUAACGCAGAGCAACUACAAAACAGUUCCUUACAUCAAGGUCCCCAACUCUCAAGAUGAGUUGGAUGCCUGCAAGCAAUCAAGUUCAUUCAUUUGCUUUUUGCUAUGGCAGUUUGAAGUACAGAGCCCUGCCACAAGUAGGCACAGACAGACUUUAACCCCCAUAUAUUCUCCCAAGGAAAAUUCUUUCCAGGAUCUGGAGGGGACAGUGUGUUUACUGUUUCUAUAACAGUUGACUUUUUUUUGCAUUUCAAACAGCAAUGCUGUAAGAACUCCCCUAAGAAAAAACUCUCUACACAAAAAGAAUGACUGUGAAUUCUGGACAUGCUGUGGGAAAAGACAAAGUGGUUUAUUCCUGAUGAAUGCUGACCUAUCUCAAACAAUCAUCCUUCAUCAGUGAUCAAAAAAACAAACCAAAAUGGGUUCAAAAUAUAGCCUGCAUCUGCAGAGUGCCAGUUAAAUAAGAAGUGCUUCUCAGUCUUUUUCUAGCAAGACCCCAAAUCCAUCAUGAUUUCCUGCAGGGACUUUAUCUUGGAGUCUUUUGUGUCAAAGGUGGCUGUAACCAUGAUUUGCAACUACAACAACAACUACAUCAGAAAUCAGAUGCUGGCGAGGAGUUUGUGGAUGUGAGGCUGUACAAGGUGGCUUCAAUGAGCUCAGUAUGAAUGUGCUUGUCUGAAAGUAUUGAUUGCCGUGCACAUUUUGAGCUGAAGUUACCUAUCAUAAUAUGAGAGAAGGCUUGCAGAGUCACAAGAUGAGAGGCUGAAGGAACUGCGAAGAUUGAUCCAUCUUUUCCUUUUUCUCCCUAGAUGUCUAGCAGCCCACUGGUUUUCCAGCCUUCUUUUGUUUUGAU